CCCAGAUCGCGCAGGAUACAAUGUAACUUCUCAGCUUCCUGCAACUUGUAUCCUCCACAAUGACGGACUGGGAGCAGCUGCAGCCCCCCGGGGACCCCCCGAAGUAUCAGCUCAACCUGGAUAUAAGGAAGAGGAACGUGUUUGUCACCCAACUGGAGGAGGGCAGGGAUGAGGAGGAAGAAGAUGUCACUCAGAUCCCAGUCAUAAAGGAGGCGGCCGGUAAGAUAUUGGACACCAGUAAGAACACUUUACAGAAGACAUUGGUGCUGAAGAAGGAGGUGGAGUAUGACCGCGUCAGCCAGGAGCUGGUUCUCAAGCGGGAGGAGUAUGGGGAACGCAUGCACCUGCUGGAGGAGCGGAAGGAGGAGCAUGCGCUGAGACAGAAGGAGUACUCGGAGAAAGCUGAGAAGUUUGAGUGGUUCCUGAAGGACAGUGAAGCCAAGAGAAGACGGGCGAUCGCAAAAUUCCAGACGGAGUCGCGACAAAACGAGCUCCGGCAGAUGGAGAUUGUGGAGCUGGCCGCACAGCUGGAGGACAAGAGGAGGAGACAGAUUAAGCUGCAUGAGAAGGUCAAGACGCAUAAGGUCUACGAGGAUUUCCUGCUGAAAAUGGUGGAGAAGGUUCCGGAUAAUUAUUUAGAAUACGGUGUGGAUUCCCCGGUAAAGGCCAUUAUCAGACGUCACGAGACCCUCUCUCUGACCAAUGAGAAUUUGGUGAAUAACCUGACGGAUCUGGCAGAUGAACAGGAGAGAUCACAGAUCAGACUGGAGGCGCUAAAGAGGCAAUACGACACCAGGAAGCUGAGACGUCAGGAAUUAGACUGUAAGCUCCGCAGCCAAGCACCUGCUGUGACAGAAUAG